AGGAAAACACCGCUAAACACACACACUCGCGCUGAAAUAUUACUCUUAAAUGUUGGAGUACAACGUUAGAAGCGGGGUUUAGUUUCAAAACACAAGCAAUGGCAACCGACGCUUUGACAGUCACAGUUGCUUAUGGCACAGCAAAGCACAGCAUUACGGUGCGGACGCCGGAGGGAGGGGAGGAGCCAUGUCUGAAAGACCUGUGUGACGCGCUGACAGAAGCCACCGGCGUCCCGGCGCCCUCCCAGAAGCUCAUCUUUAAAGGGAAGUCUUUAAAGGAAAUGGAGGAUACGCUAUCCAGCUAUGGCAUCAAGCAGUCCUGCAAGAUCAUGCUCAUUAGGAAAGGGAACAGUCCGGAAGAGGAGGCGGAGCUUCGUAAGCUGAAGGACAUCGAGAAGACGGUGGAGCAGGCGGCUAAGAAGCUGGAGAAGGUGGACGGGGAGCUGGCCGGACUCAGGAACGGUUUCCUGGCCAAGGACCUCCAAGCGGAAGCUCUCAGCAAGCUGGAUCAUCGGGUCAAAGUCGCCUCAGAACAGUUCAUGAAGAUCUUGGAACAAAUCGACGCCAUGAGUUUGCCGGAGAACUUCAGUGACUGUCGCAGCAAGAAGAAGGGUCUGGUCAAAUCCGUUCAGGGCUUCCUGGCUCAAUGUGACCGGAUCGAGGCGGGCAUAUCAGACCACCUGGCCAAAAUACAGUCCAAAAACCUGGCCCUCGCUGAGUAGGAGGAAGAGAGGAGAGAAGAGAAGAGAGGAGAGAAGAGAAGAGGAGAGAGAAGAGGAUGGAAGAGAAGAG